AUGCUUGUGGCCAGCAGCCCCAGAACGGAGGAGAGGACCUCCAAGCAUCGCGUCUCCCUGCGGCCGCGGGUCCCGACGGUGCCACAGCAGUACCUUCCUGUUCACUUGGCAGGCGAAAUCUACUCACUGAGCAUUAUUAUCGACGACUUGAAGACGCUUUUGUGUCCCGCGUUGCGUUGGUGCGGUGAUGUGCUAUGCUGGCGCCACUGGAAGAGUUCGUUGGCGCUGCUAUUCGUUCUCCUUUUGGUUUCAGCUGCAUCGACUGCUGCCUUCGUGCUGGAGUGUUGUAUGGACUCCACCACGGGUGCUGCCAUCGCCAAGUCAGUCGUCAGGUGGAUUGUAGUGACAGCGAAGUUGCUGCUGGUGGCAGCUUUGCUGAGCCUCUUCUGCGCAUCGGCCUCAUGGUUUGUGCCGAUCCGCUCCCUGCUGCGCAUUGCUUGGCGCUCCAGCUGUGGGUGGCGGCGCACAGCACCCAAGCACUGGGCCUUCUUCCGAGUUGAAAGCCAACCGCCCGAAGUGCCAGCCCAAGGGCAGAGCGACAGAUCAGCGGGCCACCUGGGCCACGUGCAAGAAGCAUGA